UCCCACAGACACAGCAUCGUGGGCCUCAUGUCUGACUGCAGCCUCCUCCCAGUGUCGGCAACAAAACUGCACCGACCCGGGAACCUCUAUAUGUUCCUAACUUAGAACAGGAAGCAUCGCGCCUUCACCAGUGGAGUCUCAGGCGGGCCGGCGUCUUCCCACACCUGCUGCAGCACCGGCCUGGUGAAGAGCAGAGCCCAAGCCCCUGCCAGCCCAGCCAGGACCAGCCCUGCUGAGACCUCCAGAGCGUCUAGCAGGACAUGCUGUGCCAGCGCCCCCAGCUGCUGCUCCUGGGGAGCCUGCUCGCCCUUCGAUCCGUCCUGUCCCAGGAGUGCACCAAGUACAGGGUCAGCACCUGCCGGGACUGCGUCGAGUCGGGGCCUGGCUGCGCCUGGUGCCAGAAGCUGAACUUCACGGGGCAAGGGGAGCCUGACUCCACUCGCUGUGACACGCGGGAGCAGCUGCUGUCAAAGGGCUGCGCGGCGGAUGACAUCAUCGACCCCAGGAGCCACGCCACGACCCAGGAGGACCAGGUGGGGGGCCAGAAGCAGCUGUCCCCACAGAAAGUGACGCUCUACCUGAGACCAGGUCAGGCGGCUGUGUUCAACGUGACCUUCCAGCGGGCCAAGGGCUACCCCAUCGACCUCUACUACCUGAUGGACCUCUCAUACUCCAUGCUGGACGACCUCAUCAACGUCAAGAAGCUGGGGGGCGACCUGCUCCGGGCCCUCAACGAGAUCACCGAGUCCGGCCGCAUCGGCUUCGGGUCCUUCGUGGACAAGACGGUGCUCCCCUUUGUCAACACGCACCCCGAGAAGCUGCGGAACCCGUGCCCCAACAAGGAGAAGGAGUGCCAGGCCCCGUUCGCCUUUCGGCAUGUGCUGAAACUCACCGACAACUCCAACCAGUUCCAGACAGAGGUCGGGAAGCAGCUGAUCUCGGGAAACCUGGACGCCCCCGAGGGUGGACUGGACGCCAUGAUGCAAGUCGCCGCGUGCCCGGAGGAGAUCGGCUGGCGCAACGUCACCAGACUGCUGGUGUUUGCCACGGAUGACGGCUUCCACUUUGCGGGAGACGGGAAGCUGGGCGCCAUCCUCACUCCCAACGACGGCCGCUGCCACCUGGAGGACAACAUGUAUAAAAGCAGCAACGAAUUCGACUACCCAUCGGUGGGCCAGCUGGCGCACAAACUGGCAGAAAGCAACAUCCAGCCCAUCUUUGCUGUGACCAAGAGAAUGGUGGCAACGUACGAGAAGCUCACGGAGAUCAUCCCCAAGUCUGCAGUCGGGGAGCUGUCAGACGACUCCAGCAACGUAGUCCAGCUUAUUAAGAACGCCUACAAUAAACUGUCCUCCAGAGUCUUUCUGGAUCACAACACACUCCCUGACACCCUGAAAGUCACCUACGACUCCUUCUGCAGUAACGGGGUAUCGAAGGUGGACCAGCCCAGAGGGGACUGCGACGGCGUCCAGAUCAACGUGCCGAUCACCUUCCAGGUGAAGGUCACAGCCACAGAGUGCAUCCAGGAGCAGUCAUUCGUCAUCCGGGCGCUGGGCUUCACGGACACGGUGACUGUGCGGGUCCUCCCCCAGUGCAAGUGCCGGUGCCGGGACGCGAGCCGGGACCACAGCCUCUGCGGCGGCAGGGGCUCCAUGGAGUGCGGAGUCUGCAGGUGCGACGCCGGCUACAUGGGGAAGAACUGCGAGUGCCAGACGCAGGGCCGGAGCAGCCAGGAGCUGGAGGGAAGCUGCCGGAAGGACAACGGCUCCAUCAUCUGCUCGGGGCUGGGGGACUGCAUCUGCGGGCAGUGCGUGUGCCACACGAGCGAUGUGCCCAACAAGAAGAUCUACGGCCAGUUCUGCGAGUGUGACAACGUCAACUGCGAGCGCUACGACGGCCAAGUCUGCGGGGGCGAGAAGCGAGGGCUCUGCUUCUGCGGCACCUGCAGGUGCCACGACGGCCACGAGGGCUCGGCGUGCCAGUGCCUCAAGUCUACGAAGGGCUGCCUCAACCUGGAUGGCGUCGAGUGCAGCGGCCGCGGCCGGUGCCGCUGCAACGUGUGCCAGUGCGACCCCGGCUACCAGCCGCCCCUGUGCCUCGAGUGCCCAGGCUGCCCCGCACCCUGCGCCCGCUACGCCAACUGCGCCGAGUGUCUGAAGUUCGACCAGGGCCCCUUCGCCAAGAACUGCAGCACAGCGUGUGGGGAGACGAAGCUGCUGUCCAAGCCACUGCCCGGCCGCACGUGCAAGGAGCGCGACUCCGAGGGCUGCUGGAUGACCUACACCCUGUUGCAGCGCGAGGGGCGGGACAGAUACGACGUGCACGUGAACGACACGCGCGAGUGCGUGAAGGGCCCCAACAUCGCCGCCAUCGUGGGGAGCACUGUGGCAGGAGUCGUGCUCGUCGGCAUCCUCCUGCUGGGCAUCUGGAAGGUCCUGACCCACCUGAGUGACCUCAGGGAGUACAAGCGCUUCGAGAAGGAGAAGCUAAAGUCCCAGUGGAAUAACGACAACCCCCUUUUCAAGAGCGCCACCACGACAGUCAUGAACCCUAAGUUUGCUGAGGGUUAGGGCUGCUUGGUGAAGACGGGGCCUCCUGCACCGCCCAGGUGGGAGCACCCCACGCCACGUCCCCUCCAGCAGGCCGCCCGUGACCCCGUCGCCCGGUGGACUUGGCUGACGACACUUGACAACUUCACCACUAACUGAAAGUCCACCGUUUUUCCUGCCCCCAGAAUGACAGAUGCGGCCAGAUAAUUCUAGGACUCAUCAGAAGGGCCAGCCUCCCCCUUCUGACAUGAGUGACUUUUGAUAGCAACUCGAAGAAGGAAUUGCUCGCAUCCCGUAAGGUUAGACGUGUGUUGCCCCGUAAGGUUAGACGUGUGUUGUCCCGUAAGGUUAGACGUGUGUUGUCCUUUGUAAAAAUUAACACAGCAGCCUGAUGAAAGGUGGCACAGAUUUAUUUAUAUGUGAACUUCUCAGAGUGUAAAAUUACACCCCAUUGAUCGUGCUGCCCCCAAUCACGUGUACAGAAAAAAUUAAUAACCCUUCCGCAGGGGCUUCCCUGGGAGCCGGGCUCUGUGCCCCACCUCCACUGCUCUUCACACACUCCGAGGGUCCGUGUAGACUUUGGGCCGUGGCUCAGGGUUCUGUUUUUCUCCUUCCUCACCUGUUGGCUGUGCAAACCCGUCUCUGUCCCUGUCCCGGCCCCACCUCCUAGGCAGCUUUCAGAAGACAGGGGACGGCCCCAGCAAAGGGGGUCCCCCUGCAGAGCUUGAACGGGGCCGAGGCAAGAUGGGAAAGUGGGCGUCUGUCACGCUCUCGGCUGUCUACACCCGCUCUUGGGUGAUGAGUGGAAGAGAGUUUAAAUAAGUGUGUUUCUCACGGGCUGUUUCCUGGGGUGACCUGGAGGUCAAGGUGAUCCCGUGUGAUGGUAGUAGGUGGCAGGUCCCAGCGUGAUCACCUAGCCAUGUGCGUGUCUGCCAACCCGCAGGCUCUGUGUGGGUCUGGGUGCGGGUGUGGCCCGUGAGGGCCCGUCAGGGUGGGGCGGUCCUGGGUCCCCAAGGAAAGGGCUCUAUUCCAGUAUGUUAACAUUCUCUGCAGCCUUGCUAAUGCUGACUCUUUCCUCAUGUUACACAGACCUGAGAGACGCACACAGAUGUGAGCACGGGCUGCAUGUUUGUGAAUAUUCAUUCACGUGCAUAGACAUAGUUUCAGAUGGUAUUUCCCCUUAUUUUUUUCCGUAAAAUGUAUAAUUUUUUAUUAAAACCCCAGCAUAACUCUUUGUUAAAAACACAUCAGUUCAGGGCCUUCCCUGGCGGCUCAGUGGUUAAGAGCCUGCACGUGCGCUUACAGAGCACUGCCUAUGCCCGUCUCUGUGCAGAGAGCGGUGGGCAGAAGCAGAGACCCUCACUGCCCUCCUGGAGGUACACAGAGGGUGGCCUCACAGCCAGUGUAAAAUGAUAGACGAUGCCCACUGAGACAGAAAAGCACGUGGUCCAGGACUGAGAGCGAGGUUUACAAAAAUAAAAGUGACCGUCUCACCCUGUA